AUGGCCAAACGGCCAAUGGCCAACACUGGUAAAAUGUUGAGUGAAAAUUUAAAAUGGCGUAUUAUCUAUUGUUAUGAAGAAUGUUAUAAAUCAAAAGAAAUUGCUAAGAGGUUAUACGUCAGUAAAACAACAGUUACUAAUAUUUGUAAAAUUUUUGAUAAAUGGGGAUGUGUUAAUAAUCCAUUCACUGGAAAGUCAGGAAAAAGGAAGAUAUUUACAUCAGAGGAUAUGCAGAUACUGCAAGAUAUUGUUCAGGAAAAAGUUGAUUAUUAUUUAGAUGAAUUAAUUUAUGAAAUGGAAAUAAAAACUGGAAAUUGCAAAAAGUAG